UCAGGCAGUUAGUAAGAAUUAAGUUAGAAGAAUAUAAAACUAUGGAGGCAUAUGUAAAUGAGGGAAUGUCACUAGCUCAAAAAUUACAAGAUAUGUCAAUAAUUUAAUUCAAGAAAUGUGUCAUUGUAAGUUUGUAUUAAAACUGAUUUUCGUGUUGACUGAUUAAAAACUUUCAUUGAACUCAUUCUGCUAAUAUUCUCACAGGUUAUGGGCCCAGAUUAUGAAGUGCGUGUGUGCGUAUGAGGCGCCAUUUGUGUCAAAAUAAAACCUGCGAAAUAUAUGUAGAUAAUUCAGAUGUAUAACAUUUUUAGGCAGAUAUGCAUCAAAUUUGGUUAGAUAUGGACAGAUUUCUUUCAUAGCUAUAUUAAAUCUAUUUAUUAAUAUAUAUAUAUACAUAUAUAUAUAUAUACAAAAGGAAGCAGGAAACAUAUAUAUAUAAUUAAAUAAAACGUAAUAUAAAGUCGCGUUCGUCAAGUGGCCGCAUGGUGGCGCACAUUGACGUAAGGCAACGUACAUCGGUGAUCAUAUGACACACCCAUUUCAUUUUAUGUUGUCAGCUGUCACUGUCAAAGUACGGUUAAAGUAAUACUAUAAAUACUACCUACCACCUGCCUACAAGCUUUUUAAUAUAUUAAUAAAGCCACUAGUACUACCCAGUAGGUUAAUUUCUUGCAGUUCGUAGGUAGGUUCUUAUACCUAUUUAAGGGUGCCAUGUAUCUAUUUUAUUAAUUUUUGUAGAUAGCCAUGACUGACGCCCGUAAUUUAAGAGGGAUAAUCAAUGAAAUUGUUACAAGUGCUCCAUUUUGUCAACAGCUGCAAAAUAGUUUGCAAAGUGCACUUCAAAAUGUGACACCUUUGACCCCUAGAGCGCAGUUAAAUGUACAACCCCAAGUAUCAUCAUCGGCUAUAGAUGAAGUUCGGCGAUUGUUUCCUAGUGUUCAUCGAACGCCAUAUACCAAUUUACAAACUCCAGAAGGAAGACGAAAAAGUAAAAGUAGAAAAAGUGAUAGCGGUGUAGCUUUUAAGAAAGAGGUUAUUUUAUUAGACAAUCCCAUGGCAAAGGCGACACUAACGGGGUUAUGUAAAUCCCAAGCAUAUGAAAAAGGUUUUGGAUUCUCUGCUGUGAAUUUUAAAAAAAACUGGACAGAGGUAGAAGUGUAUCAUUGUUUACAAGAUUUAUUUAAAGAUAAAUUAAAGGAAGUAAAAUUCGAAGUGUUGAUCCCAAUGAGUAGAUGCUUAGUAAAACCGAAUUUAGCAACUGAUUGUUCAUUAGACGGAACAGCUGUAUGUGAAAUGUUUAAGCAGAAAGCCAUUUAUUUACGUCCUUUAUCAAUGUUAGAAGGUGCUGAAGUGGAACAAGACAAUGACGGUGUUGGAGAUGAACUUUUUGAAUUUAGAGAUUGUCCUGAAGUUGAAAUAAUAGAGGAUGCCAACAAAGAUAAUUCUGUGGAAUUUUUAUCGUUGGACACCAGCGACAUAUUCAGUGACCAGUUUGAAGAAGACACCAUAAAGGCUAUCAAUAUUAGUAAAUGUGAAAGUCUUAAGGACAUAUUGACAGAAUUUAAAAAUAACAUUGAUAGUGAACAUCUAUUAACUUUUAACAUCUAUAGAGAAGAAAUACUUGAUUGUUGUUUAAGAGUAGUGCGACGUAAAAGUUUUUCACCAUUACAUCGCAUCUCUGUGAUCUUUACGGAUAUUGCAGACUGCAGUGAGGGGGCAGUGGAUCAGGGGGGUCCGUCAAGGGAAAUGUUUAGACUUUUAUUAAAUGAAAUUAAAAAUUGUAAAAUGUUUGAAGGUUAUGAAAAUUCAAAAAAUUUAAGGCUGUGCAAUGAAUGCUUAAAAACCAGAGACUAUUUUGAUAUUGGCAGACUGAUUGUCCUUUCGCUCAUACAUGGAGGUCCUGGACCACAGUUUUUUUCUAAAACUCUAUUUUCAAUGCUAACUCAAGGGAUUGAUGCAACAGAACCUACCUUAGACGAUAUAAAUGACAGAGGUAUAAAAACAGAAAUUGAACAUAUUCAGAACACAAAUAAUUUAGAAGAAUUGCGACAGGGUGUAUUAAAUAGUUCUUUUCUACAUUUAGCUGGCAUUUUCCAUGUAAAAAGUUUUGAAGAGAAGAACAGUAUUAUUAAAGAUGCUGUUAAAUUUUAUGUGAUCCAUCGUGUACGCGCAGCUUAUGAUCAGUUGAAGGAUGGUUUAAACAUUUUAAAUUUCCUCAACAGAGGUAAGGAGAUGCCAAGCGACCUAAAAAAGUUAUUCUGCUUUGAAGAAGUUCCACUUACGGCAGAGUUUUUAAAAACAUUUUUUGUUCCGGUAUUAAAUGAGGUAGGCUCCAAUAAAAGAGCUAUUGAAAAUAGACUAUUGGCAUUUUGGAGGGAUUACUUAAUUGAUUGUGAAGAUAAUGAAACGACAGUCUGUUUAAAGCAAAUUUUGGCUUUUGUCACUGGUGCUGAUGCUGUACCCCCACUUGGCUUUGAAUGUACUCCAACAUUGGAAUUCUUACAUGAUGAUCGAAGUAGAUAUCCAAAGGCUAAUACAUGUGCACUUAUACUAUCACUACCUGUGAUACACACAGUCUAUGAACAAUUCAAAAUCCAUAUGGAUUAUGGGAUUGGAAACGGCAUGGUAUUUGCUUUCGCUUAGGAACAAUGAACUAAUUUUCUUUGCUAUUAAUUCCAGAGUGCUAAUUUAGUUUAAUGAAAUUGUUUUAUUUGUAUUUUAUUAGUAUUAAAGGUAUUGUUUUCAGUUUAUAUGCGUUUAUUAAAAAAAAUACAAAUUUUUGUUUA